UACUCUCUUAACUGUAAGUUUGAUUAGUAUCUUUCUUUAGCAGAUGAAGCACUUCAACGAUUGGAGUAUUCAACAAAUGAGCAGAGGAAACGAGUUGGGCAGUGAAAGUGCUUUGCAUUGGCCUUAUUGGGCAGCCCUGAAGGAUGAUUGGGAAUAUCUGAAGGACUUCUACAUGACAAAUGUUAAUUCGCUAUCACUUCCUGUAACGGCCUCAAGGGACAAUGGCUUUCACUUGGCAGUGUUCAGCAAAAGCAAAGAUCCGCUUCAAUCUUUACUUCGAAUUUCCAAAGAACAUUCUAUGGUAAGGCAUGGCUAUUUAGAAAAAAAUCGCUGCGGGAACACGCCUCUUCAUGAGGCUGCAUUAAAUGGGAACCUGGAGGCCGUAGAGGCUUUGGUCACUCAUCAUCGCAGGCUCAUCGCGGAAGAUAUUGAAGAUUCAACUGAGGAAGAGCUCCAAGAGGCUGUGAAUGGGGAUGGCGAAACCCCGCUUUUUCUUGCUGCUGCAUUUGGGAGAACAAAAGUGGUGAAGUUUUUAGCUGAAAAAUCAUUAGAAUCUCACAAAAGAUUAAUAUACCAAGAAGAAAAAGGAAGGACUGAAGAAGAAUAUUCUAAGCUUAAAAAUAUUCACCGCCAAAACAUGAAGGUAAAGCCCAAACCUAAAGCCUCCAAUGAACUGCCUGGUGCCAUUCAAGGUGAAAUGAUAUCAGAGCCAGAGCCUGAUGCCUCCAUUCUGCACGUUGCCAUCACAGGCCACCAUUUUGAAACGGCUCUAUAUUUACUGAAUCUGGAUGAAUCGCUAGCAGAAAUCAAGGACCUAAAAGGCUGGACCUCUCUUCACCUACUAGCAAACAUGCCCUCAGCUUUCGAAAGUGGAUAUCAAUUUGGCACAUGGAUCCACAGAGUCAUAUAUUCCUGCCUUCCAAUCGGUGAUGAUGCAGAUGAUGAUGAAAAAGCUACUACAAAAAUUUCCAAAGGGUGGCUUAAAUUACCGGGAAAAAUCUGUGCACUAGUAAGGAGUGACAUCUUGGAAGAAAAGAGAAAGCAUAAACUUGCUCUCAAACUAGCGGAGACACUGAUAAAAAAAUAUUCUUCUUGGGAUGAAAUCAUUCCGUUUGAUAAAGACCAGUUUUCAGAAGGAGAUUAUAAGCCAAUCCCGUUAUUCCUGGCGACUGAAAAAGGAAUAGUAGAAAUUGUGAACAAGAUACUAAAAAUAUGUCCCCAGCUGGUUGAGCAUUGCAAUGACCUGGAUCAGAACAUACUGCAUCUGGCAAUUAAGCACCGUCAAGAGGAUAUCUUCAAUCAUGUGAAAAAUAUGAAAAUGCAAAUGACAAGGUUAGUCGGAAAGGUUGACAAAAAUGGCUGCACCAUUUUACACCAUGCUGCAGACAUGAAGCCAAAGACUACAAACGGUCACCCAGCAGGACCUGUAUACCAAAUCCGGGAUGAGAUAAAGUGGUACAAGUGUGUAAAGGUUGACACAAAUGCCUACACCAUUUUACACCAUGCUGCAGACAUGGAGCCAGAGACUGCAGAGCGUCACCCAGAAGGACCUGUAUACCAACUCCAGGAAGAGCUGAAGUGGUACAAAAGUGUAGAGGAGAUCGCGCCCCCCCACUACGUCAUGUUUUGCAGAGAGAGAUUCGAUUCGACGCACAAUAAACUACUCGGGGAAGCACAGAAAUGGAUAAAAGAAACUUCUGAGUCUUGCUCUGUAGUGGCUGUUCUCGUUGCUACAGUGGUCUUUGCAGCUGCGUACACUGUGCCUGGAGGUUCUAAUGAACAGGGGCAUCCAGUUUUCCUCAACAGCACUCUCUUCUUGCUUUUCACAGUCAUGGACGUUGUUGCUUUGGCCUGCUCCUUAACCUCCGUUGUGAUGUUCUUGUCCAUCCUCACAUCGCCUUAUACGUAUCAUGAAUUCCACUGCAAACUCCCCAACACACUCACAAUAGGCUUCGCCUUGCUCUUCAUUUCAUUGACUACAACAAUGAUUGCAUUCGCAGCAACAUUAUUGCUCAUAAUUCGUUCGGAAAAGCCACAUUGGACCACCACUCUCAUUUAUACUGCUGCAUUUCUUCCUGUCAGCAUAUUUGCACUCACGCGUUUUCCCAUGUAUGCUGCAUUUGAGAAAACUUUGCUCAAGUUGUAUCAUAGAUUGUCUAAGAAUUGGCGUGUCACAAAGUCUCCACGGCCCAAGAAGUCAGCUUCCAGACAGGGCAGACCAAGCAGCUCCUAAACAAACCGAAUCGCACACAAAGCAUCUUAAGAACGAUGGUCAAUUGUCUGAGGAGAGUGUUAACGAUAAUAAGCCCAAGCUCCCAGUCUGAGAUUUAUAUUAGUUGAGGCUGAUAAGUGUGCAAGAUAUUACAAGCUAGUGUGACUCAAGUCAAGAGUGAGUGUCAAAUAACAGAGUAUUUUACUCUUGUUCUGUUAAAAUUUCUAUUACA